AUGGAAGAAAUUAUUGAAGAAAAGAAGAUUAUUACCCAGCUUGCUGCUCUUGAGACCAGACCUAUGUUUCUUCUCUUCAUUGUCCCUUUACUAGUGUUCUUAUUCGUCUUAUCAAGAUUUCGGUAUAAGCCCUAUCCACCAGGGCCCAAAGGCUGGCCUUUGAUUGGAAACAUGGCCAUGAUGGAUCAGUUAACGCACCGGGGACUCGCAAAUCUAGCCAAGCAAUACGGCGGCAUCUUUCACCUCCGCAUGGGCUUCCGGCACAUUGUAGUGGUGUCCAAUUCGGACGUGUCCCGGCAAAUUCUCCAAGUCCAAGACAAUACAUUUUCUAACCGCCCUGUCUCUGUCGCAAUAAGGUACUUAACUUACGGCAGAGCGGACAUGGUCUUCGCUCACUGUGGACCUUUCUGGCGACAGAUGCGAAAACUAUGCGUGAUGAAUCUCUUCAGCCGCAAAAGGGUCGAAUCUUGGGAUUCAGUCCGUGAUGAAGUCGACCAAAUGAUCCGCAUUAUUGCUACGAAAACCGGCACGGCUGUUAACAUCGGUGAGUUAGUGUUCGAGAUCACAACGAACAUAAUCUAUCGAGCUGCAUUUGGUGGGAAAUCAUCACAUCAGAUGCAGGACGAGUUCCUCAAGAUUUUACAGGAGUUCUCCAAAUUGUUUGGUGCCUUCAAUAUUGUUGAUUUUAUUCCUUGGCUGAGUUGGAUUGAUCCUCAAGGGAUAAACAACAGAUUAUCUAAGGCUCGUGCUUCUCUUGAUGGAUUUAUAGACUCCAUUAUUGACGAUCAUAUGCAGAAAAAGAAGCCAAACAAUGGUUUGAAUGAAGCUAAGAGAGAUAUGGUGGACGAGUUGCUACAAUUUUACAGCGAUGAGAACAAAGUUCCAGUGUCACAGGAUUUAGAUAAUUCUAUUAAGCUCACAAGGAAUAACAUCAAAGCUAUCAUCAUGGAUGUAAUGUUUGGUGGAACUGAAGCAGUGGCAUCAGCUGUAGAGUGGGUUAUGGCGGAGCUGAUGCGAAAUCCCGAAGAGCUGGAGAAGGUACAACAAGAACUGGCCAGCACGGUCGGCUUGAGCCACAAAGUUGAAGAGUCUGACUUGGAGAAGUUAACCUACCUCCGCUGCUGUAUUAAAGAAGUCCUCCGCCUCCAUCCCCCAAUCCCCCUCCUCCUCCACCAGAACUCUGAAGCUGCCGUGGUAGCUGACUAUCUUGUUCCCCCCAAAUCGCUUGUCCUGAUCAAUGUAUGGGCCAUUGGACACGACACAAAUGCUUGGGAUGAUCCUGAUUCCUUCAAGCCCAGCAGGUUUUUGAAAGAUGGUGUUCCAGAUUUCAAAGGAAGCAACUUUGAAUACAUACCGUUUGGGUCAGGCAGGAGAUCCUGCCCGGGAAUGCAACUCGCGCUUUAUGAGAUGGAUAUGGUUCUGGCACAUUUGCUUCACUGUUUCACAUGGGAAUUGCCUGAUGGGAUGAAACCCAUUGAACUCGACAUGAACGAUGUAUUUGGACUCACUGUGCCACGAGCAACUCGUCUUGUGGCCUUGCCGAGUCCACGAUUGUCGUGUCCUCCCUUCUGA